AUCUUCUUGAGGAGGAGAAGUCGUUGCAGCUGAAAAUAUCCAUCUACUCUGAGAAUCAUCUAACCUUUGUGCUUGGAGAAAGAAGGAUCAGCCCUGCACUGCGAUGGCGCGGUGGAUACUAGCAGGCUUGGGAUCGCUCGGAUCGUCCUUCAUCGGGAGCUUGAUGGGUAAGAUCAGCGACUAUGUGAUCGAAAGAGUUUCGGAGGAUCCCGGAGUCGCUGACCUCCACAAGCUGAGGAACACUCUUUCGGGGACUGAGCGCAUCAUCGGCAGAGUCGAGAACAUGUGGAUUAAAGAUGAUAACACGAAAAAGCGAUUGAAGGAAUUGCUGAUGAAACUGAAGGACACUGUUUAUGAGGCUGACGACUUGCUUGAUGAGAUCCAGUUCCGGGUUCUGAAGCAACAGAUCGAGCAACAAGGAGCUCAGGGGUAUGAGGCAAGUAACCAAUCAUCUUCUUCUUCUGAUCUCCCUCCGAGUAUAAAAAGAAAAUUUUCUGAACGUGUCGGUCGCCUCUUCGGUAGAGAAGAUGAUGUGAUUAGAGUGAGGGAAAUUCAGAUGACGUUAGAUGAAUAUACUACUGACAUCGAGCAUUUCAUUGAUAAAUUAGAUGAUGAUGAGAAACAGAUGAUAACGUCAGUAGUGCCUCGAACCACCACUUCCUUUCCGAUAGAAACUCAAGUAUUCGGACGAGACGAACAGCUGAAUCACCUUCUGGAACAGUUGAUGAAAUCUGCCGACGGAUCCGGAUCCAGCAACAGUAGCAUCUCUACCUUAACUAUUGUUGGGAUCGGCGGGGUCGGAAAGACUACUCUUGCUCAGCAAGCCUACAACCACGAGAGGGUGAAGAACUAUUUUCAGCAUGAGGUCUGGGUCUGUGUAUCAGACAACUUCAACGUGGAAAGGCUUACCAAAGAGAUCAUAGAAUCCAUAACCGAGAAUAAGUGUGAUCUCAGCAACCUUGAUACACUUCAAGUGGUUCUUAAGAAGAACUUGACCUCAAAAAGGUUCCUGCUUGUCCUCGACGAUGUGUGGAACGAGGACAGUCUGAAAUGGGAAAGAUUUUGUGCACCAUUGAGGUACGGAGAACCAGGAAGCAAGAUUUUGGUUACAACUCGCUCUAAAAAGAUUGCAGAAAUGGUUGGCAAUCCGAUCCCUCUAGGAGGUCUGGCUGAAGCCAGCUAUUGGAAAUUGUUCAAGAAAUGUGCAUUUGGUUCCGAAGACGCCGGUGAAUUUCCACAUCUAGAAGCCAUAGCAAAGAAGAUCGCUGGCAGGUUGAAGGGGUUGCCACUUGCGGCAAGGACGGUAGGCGGGUUGUUGAAGACGCAGAUGAAUGAGGAGCACUGGAGAAUCAUCGCAGGGAGUGAAAUCUGGCAACUACAGCAAGACGAACAGGGUGUCCUGCCAGUCCUACAAUUGAGCUAUCAAUGUCUUCCCUCACACCUUAAGCAGUGUUUUGUUUUCUGUUCCCUCUUCCUCAAAGAUCUUCCGUUUGAUGAACGAGACUUGAUCCGGCUUUGGAUGGCAGAAGGCUACGUUGCUCAAAACAACAAUGUGACGAUGGAGGAUACAGGAAGCCGCUACUUCCUCGACUUAGUGAACAGGUUUUUCUUUCAGGAAGCUCCUGUGGGAUCGAAAUAUGUGAUGCAUGAUCUCAUACAUGAUCUUGCUCAAUUUAUUUCAGAGGGGGAGUUUUGCAGGAUCGAUGAUGAUGAGUGGAAAGAGAUCCCUAAUACGACUCGUCAUUUGUCAGUAAUCGAUGGAACUAAUUUCCUGGAGUUUUACUGUAAUGAAAAAUUACGGACCCUUAUGAUCAAUUAUAAAAUUCAUUGGUAUGUCGAUAGCUCUUUGUUCCUCCGGUUUGAAAGAUUAAAAAAUAUUCGAGUGUUGAUAUUACAAAGCUGUGGCUUGUGGGAGUUGCCCGAGACAAUUGGUGGCUCGAUACAUCUCCGCUACCUUGACAUAUCCCAUAACAUUUUCUUUUCGAGGUUGCCGGAGUCAUUAUUUGGUCUUUACAAUUUGCGAGUGCUGAAUCUGUUGGAAUGUGCACUACAGAGUUUACCGUACGGCAUGAGCAAGUUGAUCAACUUGAUGCAUCUUAAUGCGGAAGAUAAAAUAAUUUCCGAGAUAAAUGAUGUUGGGAAGCUGACUUCUCUUCGAGGAUUGUCUUCAUUCAAAGUACUCAAGGAUCAGGGACACGAGGUUGCCCAAUUAGGCAGUCUGAAACAACUUCACGGACAACUUCGAAUUACCAACCUCGAGAACGUUGAGAGUAAACAAGAAGCAGGCAUGGCUAAUCUGAACAACAAACAGUACCUUGAUGCAUUGGCCUUAGAAUGGACAUCAGAUGAUGGCUCCAGUUUGGAUGGCAAUGAAUUAGUUGUGUUGGAGGAGGUAUUCGAAGGUCUCCAACCACUUCAGGCUCUCAAAAGUUUGACGAUCAGAGGGUAUAAUGGUGUCAGAUCACCCAGUUGGCUGCAGGCACAAUCGUUAACGAAUCUGGCAACUCUUAGAUUGAUAAACUGCAAAGCAUGGAAGGAUCUUUCAUGCAUUGGACAGCUACCGAAUCUCAAGAACUUUUAUGUGGAGGGAAUGCCUGCAGUGAAACAAAUAAGUCAUGAAUUAAGUACAGAAAGCAAGUUCUUGCAUAAUCUGGAAAUGCCAGACCAAGGCAAGUGUUUUCCAUGCUUGGAAGAGCUCACGUUCAAGGACAUGCCAGAAUGGGAAGAGUGGUCUUGUGCUGAUGGCCGACAGCUGUUUCCCUACUUGCAAAAUCUUAAAAUUGUACGAUGCCCGAGGCUUAAGAGGAUGCCUCCCCUCCCUCCUUCACUUAAAUCACUGUCGUUAUGUCAAGUCGGGUUAACAGAAGUUCUUGAGGACAUCCCAAAAUGUGAGGGACUCCCUUGUCUUGAUCAACUGCCGAGUCUGAAGGUUCUUCGCAUCGAGAGAAUGCCAGUAUUUCCUAGAGACCAACGCAAGUAUUUUCCUAGCUUGGAGGAGCUCACGUUCAGGGACAUGCCAGAAUGGGAAGAGUGGUCUUGGGCUGAUGGUCGACAGCUGUUUCCCUGCUUGCGGAAACUUGAAAUUAAAAGAUGCCCGAAGCUUAAGAGGAUGCCUCCCCUCCCUCCUUCACUUGAGUCACUGUUAUUAUCUCAAGUCGGGUUGACAGAAGUUCCAAGAUUAUUGGAAGAAAUCGAUGGAAGUAGUAGCAGUAUGACCGUUUCAGAAUUGAAAAUAUAUAGUCUUAAAAAGGUCGAGAUGGAGGACAUCCCAGAAUGUGAGGGACUCCCUUGUCUUGGACAACUGCCGAGUCUCAAGGUUCUUCGCAUCGAGAGAAUGCCAGCAGUAAAGAAGGUGGGCGAUGGAUUCUUUGGUUCUAGAGACCAAAGCAAGUGUUUUCCUAGCUUGAAGGAGCUCACGAUCAGGGACAUGCCACAAUGGGAAGAGUGGUCUUGGGCUGAUGGUCGACAGCUGUUUCCCUGCUUGCGGAAACUUGAAAUUAAAAGAUGCCCGAAGCUUAAGAGGAUGCCUCCCCUCCCUCCUUCACUUGAGUCACUGUUAUUAUCUCAAGUCGGGUUGACAGAAGUUCCAAGAUUAUGGGAAGAAAUCGAUGGAAGUAGUAGCAGUAUGACCGUUUCAGAAUUGAAAAUAUAUAGUCUUAAAAAGGUCAAGCUGGAGGACAUCCCAGAAUGUGAGGGACUCCCUUGUCUUGGACAACUGCCGAGUCUCAAGGUUCUUCGCAUCGAGAGAAUGCCAACAGUAAAGAAGGUGGGCGAUGGAUUCUUUGGUUCUAGAGACCAAAGCAAGUGUUUUCCUAGCUUGAAGGAGCUCACGAUCAGGGACAUGCCACAAUGGGAAGAGUGGUCUUGGGCUGAUGGCCGACAGCUGUUUCCCUGCUUGCGAAAACUUCAAAUUGAAAGAUGCCCGAGGCUUAAGAGGAUGCCUCUCCUCCCUCCACUCAAAACAUUAAGAUUAUGUGAAGUCGGAUUGACAGAAGUUGCAGGGUUACGGGAAGGAAUCCAUGGAGGCGGCAUUUGUGUAACUGCUUCUCGUUCAUCAUUGGAAAUAAAUCAAUGUCCAAAUCUAAGAAAUCUGCAAGAAGGGUUGCUAUCGCACAGCUUCCCAAAUAUCGGUGACAUUGCGAUAUUGGAAUGCGCGGAACUCGUGUUGCUGCCGGUGAAGGAGUUUAAAGAACUCACCUCCCUUGAGAAGUUGUCAAUCUGCAGCUGCCCGAAGCUCUUGAGCAUGACGAGAGAUGGGGACAUUAACAUCUGCCUCCCACCCUCGAUCAAGGAACUAGUGCUGUCUGACUGUGGGAAUCUGGGAAAAUUGCUACUGGGCUGCCUGCACAACUUGACCUCACUCACUCGAUUGGAAAUAGGCGACUGCCGGUGCAUAGAGUCUCUACCAGCGACGUCGCUGCUUCACCUGAAACGACUUCAAUAUCUGAAAUUUUGGAAAUGUGGUGAGCUGAGAUCAAAAGACGAGUUGUUGCUGAAUGAAGGGAAUGAGCAAGUGGAGGGUUCGUCGGUAACUGAAUUAUGCAUCGACGACACAGCCCUGUUCAAACUAUCGCUCUUAAGAAGGACACUUCCAUCCGUCCGUGCUCUCAGAAUCUUAAACUUUCAUCGAGCGACGAUGUCUGAUGAGGAGGAGCAGUUGUUGCGAAGCCUCACAGCUCUCAGAGUGCUAGAAUUCGAGGAUUGCAAGAAUCUACAAUCGCUCCCGAGAGAGUUGCAUGCCUUUCCCUCCAUCUGUCUUCUAAUAAUAAUUGGAUGUCCGGAGAUUCAGUCGCUACCUGAGAAGGGGCUGCCGACGUCCCUCAGGAAUCUAAUUUUCGUUGGCUGCCAUCCCAUGCUGAGUGAGCAGCUGAAAAAGCACUUGGACGAGAUGAAGAGCUCGGGUCGAUUUUUGGCUCUUGACCGAUUGGAGAUACAUGAAGAUAAAAGGAUUAGCUCUAGAUAUGUCUUGAAGAACUAUUCAGAGAAGAACUAUUCAGAAGAAGAAGAAGAAGAAGAAGAAUUUUCAGAUAAAAGGAGUAGCUCUAGAUAUGUCUUGAAGAACUAUUCAGAAGAAGAAGAAGAAGAAGAAGAAGAAUUUUCAGAUAAAAGGAGUAGCUCUAGAUAUGUCUUGAAGAACUAUUCAGAGAAGAACUAUUCAGAAGAAGAAGAAGAAGAAGAAGAAGAAGAAGAAUUGUCCGAGUAACAAGAAGAGGAAUUGUCCAAGUAACAGUAUUGUACAUUUAGAUUACUUUGUAUAUGUGCUAUUUAGAGAUCAAUAUUAUGAACUUUUUAGAAGUUAUUGAAUUUGAUGUGCUAUUUCGACUUGAAUAUUAUGAACUUUUAAGGAGUUAUUGAAUUUGUUGUA